AUGGAUCAAGAGAAAUCAAAAUCCAAUGAAAGUAAUAAAGAUGCUACUGUUGAAAAUAAAAAGAAGCAAGAAAAUUCAUCUGAUUCGACAUCUUCAAAAAAACAUGCACCAGCAUUAAAAGAAAACAAUUAUAAACAAAUUAGUAUUCGUGGUAUUCCAUUGUUAGAAAAUGUUGAAGAAGUUAAAAAAGUAUUUAAUCGUCAUUUACAUUUCACUAUUGUCAAAGAUCGUGAUGUUGCUACUGAUCAUGAUUAUUAUGAAUCAAUAGCUUAUACCGUUCGUGAUCAUCUUGUUAGUAGAUGGAUUCGUACAAAUCAAUAUCAUUUUGAAACUGAUCAAAAGCGUGUUUAUUAUCUUUCACUCGAAUAUCAUAUGGGAAGAGCAUUAUCUAAUUGUAUGAUUAAUUUAGGCAUUGAAAAUUCUGUUGAUGAAGCUCUUUAUGAAAUGGGUUUGAAUAUUGAAGAAUUAGAAGAACUUGAAUCGGAAGCUGCACUUGGAAAUGGGGGUCUUGGACGAUUAGCUGCUUGUUAUCUCGAUAGUAUGGCUACAUUAGGUCUUUCUGCCUAUGGAUAUGGUCUUCGAUAUGAUUAUGGAAUUUUUGCUCAAAAAAUUGAAGAUGGUUAUCAAAAAGAAUAUCCAGAGAAUUGGUUAAGAUAUGCAUGUCCAUGGGAAAUAAGUCGACCAGAAUUUCUCGUACCUGUGCAAUAUUAUGGUAAAGUUAUCGAUGAUAAAGAUGGAAAGAAGAAAUGGGUCGAAUAUAUAACUGUUCAUGCUAUGCCAUACGAUUCACCAAUUCCUGGUUAUAAUAAUAACGUAGUAAAUACAUUACGUUUAUGGUCCGCAAAAGCUUCCGAAAAAUUUAAUUUUGCAUUAUUCAAUAGUGGUGAUUAUAUUCGUGCUGUUGCUGAACAAAGUUCAUCAGAAGAUAUUACUCGAGUAUUAUAUCCAAAUGAUGAUUUCGAUGAAGGAAAAAUUCUUCGUUUAAAACAAGAAUAUUUCUUAGUAUCAGCAUCGGUACAAGAUAUUAUAGCACGUUAUAAACGAUCGAAAAUAAAUUUAAAAGCAGAUCAACAAGUUGAUUUUACAAAUUUUCCAGAUAAAGCAGCUAUUCAAUUAAAUGAUACACAUCCAGCUUUAAGUGUUGUAGAAUUAAUGCGUUUAUUAAUUGAUGUAGAAAAUCUUGGUUGGGAUCAAGCAUUUGAUAUAACAAAAAGAACUAUUGCUUUUACAAAUCAUACACUUUUACCAGAAGCACUUGAAAAAUGGCCAAUUGAUAUGUUUCAAAAACUUUUACCACGUCAUUUUCAAUUAAUAACCGAUAUUAAUGCACAUCAUUUAGAUAUUGUACAGAAAAAAUGGCCAGAAGAUAAAGAACGUAUGAAACGUAUGACAAUCAUUGACGAUGAAGCAAAAAAAGUCAAUAUGGGUUAUUUAUCUGUCGUUGGUUCGCAUGCAGUUAAUGGUGUUGCUCAAAUGCAUAGCGAUUUACUUAAAUCUACUAUUAUGAAAGAUUUUUAUGAACUCAAUCCAGAAAAAUUUCAAAAUAAAACGAAUGGUAUAACACCACGUCGUUGGUUACUCAUAUGCAAUCCCGAUUUAGCAGAUCUUAUUACAACUAAAAUAGGUGAAGGUUGGAUUACAGAUCUGGCACAAUUAAAACAAUUACGAGAUUAUGUUGAUGAUGAACAAUUUAUUCGUGAUAUUCAACGUGUUAAAUUUGAAAAUAAAGAACGUUUAAGUAAAUUUCUUAAAAAGAAUUUUAAUGUUAAUAUUAAUCCAAAUUCAAUGUUUGA